CCCCGCAUGACAUCAGCAUCGACUAGCAUCCAGUUAGCAUUAGUUGUCUGCUGGGUUCGUUGUUUAUCACACAGGGUGUGUAAUUUCACUGUGUGCUUUGUGGUAGAUUAGCUUUAUCACAAAUAACGCUAUGUCGGUAAACGGACCUGGACCCGGAGAAGACUCCAUAGACGCAAGGAGAGGCGAUGGACAAGAGUCAGAGGGGUCUUUGUCUGCCUCUGCCUCCAUGGAUGUGGAUGCCAAGCCCAAUUCCCACAGCUUUAGAUACAGUCUUAAUUUCCCCAGCAUCGGCCAGUGCAUUAUCAUCAACAACAAGAACUUUGACAGAAGAACAGGCAUGAAUCAACGAAAUGGUACAGAUAUAGAUGCAGCCAACGCAAUGAAAGUGUUCGCGAAGUUGGGUUACAGAGUGAAGGUUUACAAUGACCAGACAGUCAGUCAGAUGAAACAGGUUUUAACUUCUGUGUCAAAGGAAGAUCACAGGUGCUACGCCUCAUUCGUCUGUGUUCUGUUGAGUCAUGGAGAUGAGGGUGUGUUCUUUGGUACGGAUGGCUCUGUAGAGCUUAAGUACCUCACGUCACUUUUUCGAGGCGAUCGCUGCAAAUCGCUGGUGGGAAAGCCCAAACUCUUCUUCAUCCAGGCUUGCAGAGGCACUGAUCUGGAUGCAGGCAUUGAACCAGACAGCGCAGAAGAUGGCAUUACCAAGAUCCCUGUGGAAGCUGACUUCCUCUACGCCUUCUCCACGGCCCCAGGCUACUACUCAUGGAGGAAUACUAUGACCGGGUCCUGGUUCAUCCAGUCACUUUGUGAUAUGAUCAGCAAAUAUGGAAAAGAAUUGGAGCUCCAGCACAUCAUGACACGAGUGAACCACAAGGUGGCAGUAGAGUUUGUGUCUGUCUCCAAUUCACCAGGCUUUGAUGCAAAGAAACAAAUUCCAUGCAUUGUGUCAAUGCUGACCAAAGAGAUGUAUUUUUUUCCUUGAAGUCGUCUCUACAUCAGCCUCGCUGGCCUUCAUCUGCAGAAGAAAGGCUUGAGGAUGUGUAUGGGUUGGUGUUUGUGAAUUAUUUUAGUUUAAACUUUCUGACUGAAUAUCUCUUGAAUCGUCAGCGUACAUAUUUCUGGGAGAGUAGAUGUGAUGCUGUCGCAUUUCAUAAGCUUGGCAUUAUACGGUUCUUUUUUUGGGGGGGGAGUAGAUUUCUGAGAUAUUAGGCAUUAAAAUAUGUAUCCCUGCAGCAAAACUAUUUGUAUUCUAUUCCAAAAAAAUUAACCUAAAAAAGAUAUUUUUAAAAUGUCAAUGUAAAAAAAAAAAAAAAGCAUAAAAUAACAUUGAAAAACUGUUAAUCUGAAGAUAAAAUGUAAUUGACCUUGUAAUUCCAUGCUCACAAUUUGUUACCAGUAGAUGCCUCUGUGCUGUUUACACUAUAUACAUUUCAGGGGAAAAUAUUGAGAGCCAGGUUGAUAGGAAGUUUGACCUUCUAUAUUUAUUUAAUCAUGAAACCAUAGAUGGGCUUCCUGCCUUCAGCGUCAGCAUUUUUAUGAGUCAGCUGUUCAUUUUAACUCGAAUGUCUAAGCAAGACAAUAUUCUGCUAUGACAGGAUCAUGUGUGUAAUUUUUGUGCCUGUUUUUUUUCUUCCUCUACAACUGUUUUUUUACUAUUCAGUCAGUGUAGUGGCAUCUGACAUGAUGGCUAAUAAUAAUAAUUCACAGAAUUAGUACCUAAUGAGUUGUGUGAAGCCUAAAUGGAUGCAACACUUGCACUCAGUUGGUAAAUGGAGGGAUAAUGUUAUGUAGCAAAUUCUGGAGCAUCCAGUAAGCUAUCUUGUGUUUUGUUUUUAAAGCUCAGAAUUCAAUUAUUUUUGUUUUUCAUAGUCUUUAUUUUCUAAAUAUGGAUUUCUUUGAAUGAAACGUUUGUAAAUGUCUUCAAAUCAGUGGGGCUUCAUAGCAUGCACGAGUAAAGCCAGCCCACUUACACAAUGCUUUUAUUAUUUGAGCUCAUUGUGAUAAGUCAGUCAUACUUUAACUCAACUUUACAUUUCAUAUUUGGCAGUAGUUCAUGUAUGUGGUGUUUAAAAAAAAAUGGCAAAGUGGAUGCCUUUUCACUUUGCUUUAAUAGUUACAGGCAUCAACUUAAAUCAUUUCCAAUGAACUGUUGUGGAAGUGUGAAUCAAACAUCAGCAUUAAGUGAUUCAUAAUGGGCAUCGCACAGUUUGAUGUUGUACUGACCCUGGUACAUAUUUAAAUAUUUACAUCUAGCUGAAAUCACUUUUGCUGUUAAAAUAUUUCACUGUUGUUUCAUAAUCCAGUUGUUCAAUUUACAACUCUGGUUUUACGUGAUAUCACUGUUUUGUAAGCAGCUACACUGUGAGGUUGGUAUAAUGUUUCUCCUGAAAAAUAAAGACCACUUUUCAUUG